AUGGUCCCAUCGACGACGACGACGACGACGACGACGACGUCUUCAUCAUCUUCGUCUUCGUCUUCGUCUUCGUCUCCCUCGACGAAGAAGUUGUCCGCGAAGAAUAUCAUCGUCGGCGGCGGUUCGAAGAAGAAGUGCAACAACAACAAAAACGAGCAGCUCGACGAGGAGGAGGAGAAUGGGGUGGACGAUAAAAAAAAUGGAAAGAAGGAAGAAGACAACAAAGAAGAAGGAGAAGGAGAACACGCAGAAAACGACGACGAGGAGAAGAUGGUGCAAAUGAAUCUCGAGAACUUGCAGUUAGCGCGAGAGGAAGAGUAUAAGCGAGCGAGGGCGGAAAUAUUCGGAAACGAAGAAGGAGAAGAAGAAGAAGCAAAAGAAGGAGGAGAGAGAGAAAAUGAACAAGAUGGUUUUUCUAAAGAAGAAGGCAAAGAAGAAGACAAAGAAGAAGAAGAAGAAGAAGAAGACAAAGAAGAAGAAGGAAAGAAGAGGCAAGACGAGGACGAAACGAGAAAAGAAACGACUGAGAGUAAUAACAACAACAUAAACAUAAACAUAAACAGCACAAAAGCCAUCCCGAGAAACGUGCACGCAGAUAAGAACGAUCCAGAUUUCACUCGAAGAGGAGGCGGUGUUGGAGGAAGAGGAAGAGGACGGGGAGGGCGAGGUGGAGGAAGAGGCGGCGGCAUGUAUCCCGGCGGAUUCCAUUACGUUCCACCUCAAUAUCCGUACCCGAUGCCGCCAAUGUAUUAUCAAAAUGUUCCGUAUGGAUACGUACCGGUUCAGCCGAACUUUAUGUAUCACGGGGGCGUUGGUCACUUCCCGUACUACGCGCCGCAGCAACAACACAUUUUUCCGCAGCAGCAACCUCCGAACGUUCCUCUUCAUCAGAAUAUCGUGGCAGUUUCGCCACUACCACGACCAAUAAUUACACCUCCACCACCGAUGCAACAGCAGAAAGAAGAAGAAGAAGAAGAAGAAGAACAACAACAACAACAACGACAACAAGAAAUAGCACCGGUAGAAAAAGCAACACUAGAAGAAGAUCUCAAUACAAAAAAGAAACAGGUUCCUGAAAAGAAACAAGACGUCGGCGCGUCGUUGGGGAAACAAAAUACGACGACGAAUAAUAGCAGUAAUAAUAGUAAUAAUAAUAACAAGAAUAGCUCCGCCGCGAAGGAGAAUAGUAAUGGUAAAAACAACAAGAAUAGUAAAGGAGGAGGAAAUAAUAAACGGAGGAAUGCGCCGGCGUUUGUUCGGCAAGAAAGUGAUUUCCCGCCGCUAUCGUGA